ACACAUACACACGCUGUGCUCACCAUAUUAUAGACAGAUCCGAAUCAGGAGUACAGUCGAUGAGAGCGCAUUGAGGGGACUUAAAGCUCUUCUGUGAGAGGAAACGAGAGGAAAAACGCAGAAAAAAAGAAACAGGAAAUCCCCCAAAAGGAAAUGCCAAUCGCAGCCGCUGGACAGCCAACGACUCGGGAGCCAAGAGUUUGCCCCCGGCUGCCCUCCACCCCGGAGCCUGUCCCUAAAGGGGCUGAUUUAUUCGACGAGGCCGGGGCGGCGGAGUCGGCGGAGCGAACAGAGUACGGGGGCGCGGAGGGGGGCAGAGGACUCGGGGGCUAUAGUUACAGCCAUAGCGGCGCUAGGGGCUUUGUGCAGCCCGGAUCCACCAACGGUUCUCCGCCGCAGUCCCCACUCGCGUCUUCUUUUCUCUUCCAUCCACUUCACCCCCACCAAAUGGCGAUGGAGCCCCCAAGGACUCGAUCGCGGUCUCGAUCUGGAUAUUACCAACAGUACGGUGUUGGGAAUGGCAAUGUAAUUACAGCAAACGGGGUCAUGGGAUCUAACCAUCACCACCUCCACCACCAGCAGCAGCAGCAGCAACAACUACAGCCACAGCAGCAACACGGUGCCGGUUGCGCACCACUUGGAGCUCACAGCAACCACCCGGAGAACCAGCCGCGAUCCCCAGGAAGUAACGCCUCUCCCGGCAUUCAGAGGCUUCCUUCGUUUCCCGGAGCGCACCGCAUCCCGACAGCAGGAGCCUCUGGCGGGUCCUACCACUGCCACCCGGAUCAUGCAUAUGGAGAGGAAAGUGAUAAGAGUGAGGAAAGCCCCAGUCCAAAGCGCCAGAGGCUGUCCAGUCAGUCGGUCUUGGAACAGCUAACCUCAUCCGUCCCCCCACCAUCCACCCCAUCUCCCCCCAUCCGCCCCUGGGAGUCAGGACCCCCAAGUCGGAGACAACCUCACCCCCACACGCACUACCACCAGGAGAGAUGCCUUACUCCUGCUCGUCACAGACGCAGCCCGCCAGCAAGGCGUCAGCGUGGCCGUCUCUCCAGACCCACUCGUCACUUGCCUCACCAUCAACACCCCUCCACCCAAGCCCCCGCACCUCGCCUGUCGCCGUCAGAGCACCAGGAUGAAAACUACCACCACAACACCCAUCCAGGAACACACCCAACGUACCCCCCUCACACACCCAGCGCCUACGGUCAGCCUUCCACAGCCGGAGGAGCGGUGGCUGGCUUGGAGGAGCCCCGAGCUUUCCACCCGCCAACCUUGUCGCCACGACUACUGCACCCGGCUGCUCACCAUCACCACCUUCACCAUCAUCAUCAGCAACAGCAUCAUGCAACGCAACAGCAGCAAGGAGCCAUGGUCCUGGACUUACAUGAACAACUGCAGCAAGCCAGUGUACCAGUCUCCUACACAGUGACCCCAGUCCCUCCCCACAGUCUGGCAGCACCUUUGUGUAGUGGCCAGCACCUUCCCCCUACCUGUUCUUCACAACAACAAGUCCCUGCCUGCAGUGUGGUCUUCAGCACUGGACAGCACUACCACCCGAUGCUACAAGCAUGUUCAAUGCAACAUUUGCCGGUGCCCUAUGCCUUUCCCUCGCUGCUGUCCAGUGACCCUCAGUUCCUGCUACCCCAUCCGCCCCACCUCUCUCACCACCCGCCCCACCUCCCUGCACCCACACAGUUUCUGCCUUUUCAGACGCAACAGCCACGAUCGCCCUUACAGAGGAUUGAAAAUGAAGUUGAGCUUCUGGGAGAGCAGCUUUCAGUUGGUGGAGGCUUCAGCUACGCCCACCACCACCACCACCACCACCACCAUCAGCCUCCCUCCGCCCUGCCGCCCUCCACACCCCUCCAGUUCCUCUCGCACCAUGACCCCCUGUCGCAGGAGCUCUUUACAGUGCCCUAUCCCCACUUUAUGCCUCGCCGAUUCACAAGCCGGCGGUACCGCUCUCCGCAGGCUGUACCCCCAUCGCCCUACCACCCCAGCUUCCUGCCUUACUUCCUCUCGAUGCUUCCCGUUCCCCCGAAUGUGGCCCCCACUAUUAAUCUAGAGCUGGAUGUGGAAGAUGGAGAGGUGGAGAACUACGAGGCCCUGCUAAACCUCGCAGAACGUCUUGGAGAGGCCAAGCCCCGUGGCCUAACUAAGGCAGAUAUAGAACAGCUUCCCUCAUACAGGUUCAACUCCAACAACCAUCAAUCUGAGCAAACACUGUGUGUGGUAUGUAUGUGUGACUUUGAGUCUCGCCAGCUCCUAAGGGUCUUGCCCUGUAAUCACGAGUUCCACGCCAAGUGUGUGGACAAGUGGCUUAAGGCUAACCGGACCUGUCCUAUCUGUCGAGCCGAUGCUUCUGAGGUCCAGCGUGAUUCGGAGUGACCUCAUAUGACCACCCAACAACUACAAUCUCUGACUCCCUUUUGGAAGCAUCAACCAAUCAGUGAACUUCUCUCGUUCAAUGAUACACCUCUGCUCAGACAUUCUGCCUCUUUACACCCCGGGACACUGAACAAUAAUUCUCACCUGGGAUCAGCAACUUUCUAUUGACUCAUGCUCACUUUACUGCUGGACUUCCUCGGCCUUCUGUUUGGACCAUUUCGCCCGUACUACUCUGCCUUCUGCUCUACCAACAAAUAUUUAGGAAAAUUGGCUGUCUAAAGAUUUUGACUAAUUUAUUGUUAUUAUUGGGGUUAUAAUUAAGUUUUGACAUCCUGGCUAGCAGAAGUUGUUGUUUCUCCUAGAGUCCUUAUAAUUGCAAUUGACCAGUAUCAAUC